GGAAGAAGAAGAAGAACAGAAGCGCUCUUUGGGUCCCUCUCUCUCUCUCUCUUUCUUCAAAUCAUCGUCUCUCGUCUCUCUUCUCUGCUCGCGCGUCUCAAUCAGUUCAAUCUCUACAAUACACGUAUGCAUCAAUACAUGUUGGUAACGCAAUUGCAGUGACGGCGGAGUAAUUUUGACCGGAAUUAUGUUCAAAGGAUCGUCGAAACGUGGCGGUAGAGGAGGAAGUGGUGGUGGGGGCAGUGGACCUUCCCGUAACCGUAAUUCAUUCCCUCCUCCUACAAACCGACAUCCUUCUCCCAUCGGGAGGAUGUCUUCUGGUGGUGGUGGUGGUGGCUCCGCCGCUCCACGCCAGCGGAGUAAUUCUACUAGCGUUAAGGCGGCUGCGUCGACUACGGUGUCGUCGCGGACGGUUGAGGAAACGUUUAAUCUUGUUCCGAGGGAGAGUUCUUCGGCUUUUGGAAUGAUUAUAAGGUUAUCUCCUGAUUUGGUGGAUGAGAUCAAGCGUGUGGAGGCACAAGGUGGAGCUGCCAAGAUCAAGUUCGAUGCGUUUCCUAACAAUAGCACUGAGAAUGUGAGUUUCUACUGAAUUCUAAAAUCUAGAGAUAGAGGAUUUCUCUAGAUUGAGUUGAAUUGCUUCAAGCUAGUUGCUCUUUUUUGUUGGCUGAAUCUUGAAUUUGCUUCCUUUGGUAGUUUAUACCCCUCGAACAUAUUGGCAAUUCACUGGAAUCAAGAUAAUUAAUGUUGGUGGAAAGGAGUUCAAAUUUACUUGGUCUGGGGAGAAAGGUGAGUUAUGUGAUAUAUAUGAAGAACAUCAAAGUGGUGAAGAUGGAAAUGGUUUGCUGAUUGAGGCUGGAUGUGCUUGGCGAAAAUUGAACGUCCUACGAACUCUAGAUGAGUCAACCACAAGCCAUAUGAAGAUGCGCUCAGUUGAAGCUGAACAGAGAACCAAAUCACGCAAGGCCAUUGUUUUAGAUCCUGGGAAUCCAUCAGUAACGAAGCAGUUAGCUCAUGCUGAAGGAAGUCCAUGGAGAAUGUCAAAUAAACAGAAGAAGGAACCUCCACCUAAGAAGCGGAAAGUUGAUCCACCACCAGUUCCAGUCGGAGGUCCAAAGCCUUCUUUCAGACCAGGGGCUUCUACCCCUACUAUGAAAAAUAGGCUAUCAGCUUCACCCGGACCGUCUCCUAGUAAUCAAUACAAUACCCCUCCAUAUGGGAUUGGGAAUAUGGCUAAAACUCAUGCAGCUAACGAGAAUGUCACACCAGUCCAGACAAAGGGCAGAGUGAACAUGAUCGAAAAAGAACCAUCAGCCUGGAAAAAUAAUGUAUUAAGGGACACAUCUGGGCGCGAAGCAAUUAAUGUUAAUAAAGAAAUUGACUUGCAGUCACUGCUCGUUGAUAUCCUAAAAGAGGCUCCAAUGAGCUUGAAGGCUUUAGAGAAAGCUGUUGGAGAUAAAGUUCCUAAUCCCGCAAAGAAGAUUGAACCAAUUUUGAAAAGGAUCGCAAAUUUCCAAGCUCCAAGGUAUUUCUUAAAACCAGAAGCAGAGUUGGAAAGCUAUAAAAAACAUUCACCUGAUAGCGGAAGUUCACCUGAACACCAACAAUUGCUGCCAGUCACUGAGUGCAGUCGCGAUCAGUUACCUGUUCCAGGAAGAAAUAACACAGAGAAAUUUUCUUUGUGCGAGCAGAACGGAGAAGGUUCACUAGACUGUUUACCUGUGCAUCUAGUAGAGCAACUGAGUACGCAGGAAAAUGUUGACAUUGAGCAUCAUUCACCUGGUAUUUUUCAUGAGGAAAAACGAUCUGAGAAUAGAGAAGCCCAGGCUCGUAGCUCUAGUGAUAGUGACAGUGAUAGUGAUAACAGUGACAGUGGGAGUGACAGUAAAAGUGCAGCUGGAAGUGACAGUGGGAGCAGCAGUGAUAGUGAGGCUUCUUCUAACAGUAAGGACGGUUCUGAUGAGGACGUGGAUAUCAUGAGUGAUGGUGACAGAGAGCCUCUACUGACAACACAGUCCCUUGAACAGGAUGCAAUUGAUCUCCCAGGUCAUGGUUCUAGUGCAGUUGAAAUCGAGGGUCAUAAUUCUGAUGCUGUUGACAUUGACGGUCAUGAUUCUGAUGCAGUUGAUAUUGAUGGUCAUGGGUCUGAUACAGUUGAUGUCGAGGGGAACAGUUCAGAUGAGGGUCAUGGUUCUGACGCUGACAGAAAAAAAAAUUCUGAUAAUAACUGGAAAAUGGAAACAACAACUGGUACCAGUCCCACUGCAAAUGGAGAAGUUGGCAUUUCAGGGCAGGAACAUUUUACUUCUGGUCACGACAACCUACGAGAACGCCAAAAUUUUAUUGGACAGUUGUUUGAUGACACAGAGAAUACAACAAAGAAUAACUUUAAAAAUGACAAACGUGACAUCUCCGAGAGGCUGGGGAAAGACCAGAACCAAAAAGCCCUUGAUUUUGAGCACUACAGUCAGAAAUCAGCACAUGAGAAAAAUAGAAAAUCCCAGAGCUGCAAUCAGUUAUCUGCCGUAAGUAAAGAUUCACAGCAUUCAGAGCUCAAGUAUGAUGCCGAACUUCGCAACGCUUCUGCCAGUCAAACGAUCGAUCCACUUAGAGGACUUCUGAAGUCAUCUAUUGAAAAGUCGAAUAGACAUGGUAAAUCAAACAAACAUUCUGAUGCCUUAGGAAAUGUUCGUAAAUCUGACAAAGGGGACCAUUUUCCACUUGAAAUGCUUUCUAGUCGCUCAGGAAAGGCCUUCAGGGACAAUCAGAGAGAUGAUGUUCAUUUGAAAAAUAAGUUUCCAAGGAAUAAAAAAGAUGGUGAGUCAGCCAUUCGACCUUCAUUACCUACCGAGACAUCCGAUAGAAAGCCCGAUGAACUGGAUGGAAGUGACAAGGAUCCCAAGAAUGUUUCAGGCUUGAGCAUAGGUUCUUCUCCCUUAGAUAGCCAGAGAACAUAUUUGGCGAAAUUACCUAAGGGAAAUGGACCUGUCCUCCAAAAACAAGUUUCGGAAUUGGAGUUGGGUGAACUCCCUGAGCCAUUGGGUGAAGAUACAGCAUUGAAGCCGAUCGAAGAGAAAACUUCGUUUAGGCAGUCAAAUUUAAAACCAAGCACUUCAGAGAAAUUGGGUAUUGACUCGGAUAAACGAAGGUCUAAAAAAUCUGACUCAAAAAAGGCAGCUCCUCCACAUACAGUAAAUGGUAGCAACGAACACGUUGUUGAAGAUUCAGAAAGAUCCCAAAAGUGGGCUUUGCAGUCACAUGGGCAGAACCUUACAGGUACAGAUACUGAAAUCAGCUCACAGAAUAAAAAUUUAGAAGAUGCAGCUUAUAAAUCUAGACAAAAAGAUAGUAGAGCAAGAGUAGGGAACAGUGUGGAAGGUUAUGGAGAAACAAACAAAAAAACGCCUGUUGUAAAGCAUGGCUCCAAACGAGCAUCCACAUCCCGCUCUUCAAGGGAGAGCAAAAGACAUUCGUCUGUCUCAAAUUCAAUCAAUGGACACAAAGAUGCAACUUCAAUACCAGGUGGCAGUGUUGUCCGGGAGAAACAAAUGACAUCUUUCGGUGAAGAAGACUCUUCUUAUUUGAAAUACGAGAAAGCUUCUCCUGAGCUUAAGGGACCUAUUAGUGAUCAUUUGCAGUAUAAAGCCUAUAUGCAGGAGUAUAAUGAUAAAUAUGAUAGCUACCACUCCAUUAACAAGAUAUUAGAGAGCCACAGAAAUGACUUUCAAAAGUUGGGGCAAGACCUUGGGUUUGCAAAAGGAAGGGAUGUGGAGAGAUAUAACAAAAUUGUGGAGCAGAUAAAGGAAUCUUAUUGCAAAUAUGGGGAGAGACACAAACGUUUGAAGAAAGUAUUUGUUGUUCUCCACGAAGAAUUGAAGCACCUGAAACAAAGAAUGAGAGACUACGCAUCAUCUCAUGGAAAAGAUUGAUGGAAACUGGAACCAAAACUCUCCUUUGGUGGAGUCAUCUUGUUGAAACAUUAGCUCUGUUUUUCUUUCUUUCUUGUGAAAUUAGAAAUGAUUCAUAGGCCCAAUUUUGUGUGAGUUGUACUUAGGAGGACCUUUGGUAGAUUUUAUUCUUGUUGCAGUUGGUUUAGUUGGAGCGCUCGAUAAACGAAUAUGUACAUACAUGGGUAUCAAGAUCAAUGUAGAUUCUUCUGGCUCUGCUUUAAUUUAACUUUGAUAAGUC